AUGUCAUUCUUCUCCUUCUUGCAACAAUACGCCGGACCUUUAGCAACUGUGGCAGCCGGUGCUUUGAUCGCGAAGGUCGUCAGCAACAUGCAGUCAGAUGUGCAGGUUCAUAAACCUGCUUCUCGGGUGACACAAGAGCCAGGCAACUAUAAGCCUUCUCCCACCGAUGUGUCUGUUGUCAGGAUCAUGCUCGAGAAAGCAUCAAAAUUGCCGCCAGAAAUCAUGGACAUCAUCGUCGACGAAGCCCAAUACUGGGCGCAUUCGGAGGCCAGCAUUUACCGCCGUGCCGACUCCUUCCACGAUGCCCUUCGCGUUGUCGGCACAACGCAAGAUGAGAACAAGCUUCUUCUGCGCUGUCCGCCGAUCGGCUUCCGCGACUACGAGAAGGUCGGCCUGGCGUUCAAGACCGCGCCUCUUCCACCCAAGUCUGGCGACGGGUCCCCCGUUACAGAACCUCUCCGCAACCUGACCCUGCUCGAACCCACCUCAAGCCCCACAGAGGUGGUCUCGGAGGCUCCGAGAGAAUACUUUACCGGGUCGAUGGACCAGCCGCCUAUGCUAACCCACCCCGUUCGGAAGAUCGUCUUCAAGAUUCGCAGCAAAGACCAGGGUUGGGGCAGCACCGUCGGAGACAGAGACUCCUACCGAGGAUCCUGGUCGUGGUUCGAGGUGGGCCUGGAAAAGUUCGACAAGGACCGAACAUGCGAUGGCUCUUGUAAGACAUCUGCUCCGGCCGGAAACUCCGAAAACGCGACGACCUCCGGGACGACCUCUGAAGGCGACGAGUCAACACUCUGCACGUGCGGCCUCCAAUCGAUCUUUCCCCCCGUCGAACAGACAUCCCGCGGACAUCUGGCAUACCACCACAGCUUGCAUCCGCUCGACAACCUCAAGAUCCUAAACAACAGGACUGCGCAUAAAGAGUUCAUGGAUCAUGAGGUGGUCUGGUCCUGGACUGAUGACAUUCACCCCCUUUCCCCCGAGGCCGACCGGCUGGUUGAGAUCGGCCGUGGUCGCAGUACUGGGACCGGCAAGUUCGUUCACAGUCUGAAGCUGGGCGAUGUUAUCACGGUGUGGGGCAAGGCGAGAUUCGGCGGCUGGGCCAACGUCGUCGAGAGCGUCAAGGUCGAGAUUUACUGGGCUGCUUGA